UUCCGGAGGCGCCUCUAUACCCGCUAUUACGGGUCGAUCUGCUCUGGCCGGGUUGGGCCGCUUGCCUGCUUGCGAGAUGGCGGCCGAAAUUCACUCGCGGCCUCAGAGCAGCCGCCCGGUCCUGCUGAGCAAGAUCGAGGGGCACCAGGACGCCGUCAGUGCCGCCCUCAUCAUCCCCAAGGAGGAUGGCAUCAUCACCGCCAGCGAGGACAGGACAAUUAGAGUAUGGCUGAAGAGAGACAGCGGCCAGUACUGGCCCAGCAUUUACCAUACCAUGUCAUCUCCUUGUUCAGCUAUGGCUUAUCAUCAUGACAGCAGACGAAUAUUUGUAGGCCAAGAUAAUGGAGCUAUUAUGGAGUUUCAUGUGUCAGAAGACUUUAACAAGAUGAACUUUGUCAAGACUUACCCAGCUCACCAGAACAGAGUGUCUGCUAUCAUCUUUUGCUUGGAAGCAGAGUGGGUCAUCAGCACUGGCCAUGAUAAAUGCGUAAGCUGGAUGUGUACUAGAAGCGGAAGCAUGCUGGGAAGACACUAUUUCACCUCCUGGGCGUCUUGUCUACAAUAUGACUUUGAGACACAACAUGCCUUCAUUGGUGAUUACUCUGGACAGAUCACUCUGCUGAAGCUUGAACAGAGCACAUGUUCAGUGAUCACAACUCUCAAGGGUCAUGAAGGAAGUAUUGCUUCCCUGUGGUGGGAUCCUGUCCAGCGGCUACUUUUCUCUGGAGCAUCUGAUAACAGCAUAAUCAUGUGGGAUAUUGGUGGAAGGAGAGGCCGGACACUGCUACUACAAGGCCAUCAUGACAAAGUACAGGCCCUUUGCUACCUGCAGCUCACAAGACAACUGGUUUCUUGUUCAGCUGAUGGAGGGAUCACAGUUUGGAAUAUGGAUAUUAGCAGAGAAGAGGCACCUCAGUGGAUGGAAAGUGACUCCUGUCAGAAAUGUGAGCAGCCUUUCUUCUGGAACAUAAAGCAGAUGUGGGACACAAAGACUCUGGGGCUGAGGCAGCAUCACUGCAGGAAAUGUGGCCAGGCAGUAUGUGGCAAAUGCAGCACAAAACGUUCCAGCUACCCCAUAAUGGGCUUUGAAUUCCAGGUCCGGGUCUGUGACUCCUGUUUUGAUUCAAUCAAAGACGAAGAUCGAACUUCUCUGGCAACAUUUCAUGAAGGAAAACACAACAUUUCCCAUAUGUCUAUGGACAUCUCAAGAGGACUUAUGGUGACGUGUGGAAGUGAUCGUGUAGUAAAGAUAUGGGACAUGACACCAGUAGUGGGUUGUGGCCUUGCGACUGGCUUUGCCUCCCAUUGACUUUGCCAGGAUAACAAGAUAACAAACACCAAAUUGUGCACCAAAUGGAUACACUCCCUUCUGUGACUCUUGCUGCAAAAUGCCAGCUGCCUGACUCUGUGAAUGCUGUUUUCUCAAGAUGGCCAGCCUCUUUUUUGGAGCAGAAUUCUUCCUUGGGGCUUACCAGGAACAGCGGAGGAUGCUCAGCUACAAGUUUAUAGCCGGUGGAACAAACACAGAAAAGGCUUUUAAGUGCCAUGAAACAUCUGGCAUAGAAAGUUCACUCCUAAUUUGAUUCACUUGUAGAGUUCAAUGUGCUUUUCUCUGCUGAAAUGCUAAUAUACAGUGUAUGGCUAAGAGUUACAGUGAGUGUAGUGACAACAGAACAUGUGCAAACAGUAGUAACUUAUUCUCAGUCCUUGUAAACCAUCCCUGUAGGCUAGUUUUGUCUUCUGAAUGGUCACUGUGAAGGCUGGCUCACAGACAGCUUUGCCAGUAAGAAAAAAACUGUUUUUUCUUUCCCCAGCAGCAUCGCAAUAAGGUUGAGGAAGUCAGUAGAAUUUUGGGAGUGUUUUCUACAACUGUUUGUUGAUCCCUUUGGAGUUAUUUAGAUGUGUGAAUAUUAUCUCCCAGUUAUCUUUUGAAUAGGUUUUUGUACCUGGAAAAAUACAAAAAUCCGUAACUGUAAAAGCAAACUGACAUGUCACAUCUUAUGCCUUGUGCGAAGACAGAGGUAAGUUAAAUUGGUAACCAGGAUACUUGGAGUGCACUGGCUGCUGUGGUCGUCUUCCCAAAUUUUAGAAUAUAGAGGCUCCCCCACCUCCUGUACCUUUUUGGGCUGGUGAGGAUUGGCUUCCAAAAAUAGUCAUGUUAAUGAAGCAUCAGCUUGAUCUGAGAACCGGUGCUGAACAUGAAUUGAACUCAUUUCAGCAAUAGCAAGCAGUCUACAGGGGCCUUGGAACGGGAUCUUGUAAUUCAAGGUGGUAGGCAUGAGCAGUGACCGAAAGUUGUAAGAAAAAACCCCCUCACUAGUUUUAAAAAUGAAACGUUAUCAUGUCAGACUCCAAAAUUGUAAAGAGGAAGGGGAUUUUGUAAACUAGGUUCAUUUCAAGUUGCUACUCAGUUCAUUGUGAAGGGUUUCAUCAUUAGCAUAAUUAACUUUAAAUUGUUAGGGAAAAUGUAGCUUUGUAAAAUAAAAUCAUUGUUCAUUGCCUGAAAACCAGAGAAAUUAUAUGGCAGACAUUGGUUCAUGUAGGCUAAUAAAGCAGGACUGCUCAGCUUCCUACAAUUAGAUGGCAAUAUCCUUACUGAAAAUAUUGUGCUAAGGAAUGGGAGGAUUUCUCACUGUUUCCCAUGGAUAACUAUCAGGAGGCCAGUGUCGCUUGUGUAUAAUCUUAAAGUGUAAGUCCCUGAAGAAUCAAGUGUCCAGUUUUUCCACCCUUAGCUGUGUCAGUGAUUCACAUAAGAGGAAGGGAAGUAUAAGCUGAAAUGUUAAAAUGAUGUUGCUGCAGGAGAUUGCCAUAAGAUCUAGAUAAAUCAAUAUUUUGUGCUGCAGUUUCCUGAGAACUGAUUUUCCAAUUGUAAUCAGACACCUUAGAAAAAAUACUAUUAUUCCCCAUUUUCUGAGAUAAUAUCUAUUUUUUGUGAAGGGAGUGGAAUAAAUAUGAAAGUCUAAACAUACAUUUCAGCAACUUCAACUGCAUACUCAUUUUAAGAAAAGCUUAAAAGGGGAAUGUUUUGCUGAGCUGAUGUCUUCAUAAUGCCUAGAAAGAUGGCCCCCAUCAAACCGGUAAACUCUUAUUACUCAACGCCUUAUUGCACUGUAUGAGAAAUGGAACUUACUGUGUAUGGAUUAAACCAGAAUGAGUAACUUCACCUCAGUGCCCAGAGAAAAAGUUUACUUUAUCUGGAAAUGUUCAUCUAUGUUAAAGAAACAUUGCCAGACUUGAAAUCGUUUGUAUUUUUCCCUGUUAAAUAGCAGUUAACUUGCAUAUCUGUUCCUUUUUCAUCCUUGAGAACUGGGAAUAACUUGCUAGGAGCAAGCAAAUUCCCAGAAUUCAUACCUGUGCAUAAACCAUAGAUUCUCUUACCCAGCUGUUUGCCCUCUUAAUUAUUAGCAGUAUAUAGUACAGUAUAUCAGCCUUUACCUCUUGGCCGUUGCAUUCAUAAUCUCCCACCAACGUUUUGCCAAGGGAUGCUGAAUAUGCUCACUGACUGAGGGAAUAUAUCUAUCUAUCUUUUGUAACAAAUAGGCUUAACAUUAAACUGGUGGCGUCAGCUAGCUACACAGAGAAAUUUCUUUGGCAAAACACCAGAUCCUUUGCGCAUUUCCAAACACUCUAGUUCUUCAAUUGAGUCAUAGACCUCUGCUGAAGAUAAUAUGACUUGCUUUUGUAGA